AUGCACGAUCGCACAGACAGUGAAGAUAGUGCGCUGGUUAUUCGUACAAACCCUCUGAAUAUACGAGGGCUUGAUGGCGGGGACCUUGUUAUUGACGAGAACGCCCUGCGGCAACAAGUCUCUGUUUUCAAACCACAGAUGGAUACAAGUCCCCAGAGGAGCCCUGAGCGAGCUGUUAUAGUGGGUGAAGAUGUGGACAAAUCCCAGUCUAUCUCGCCGUUAGUGAUCAAGAAGAACCCGGUUUUUGAAGCGUCUUCAACCGCUCCUCCAGAGCCUGAAUUGGCAAUUAGUGACCUAGACAUCCCCACCCCGAAGCUUGAGCUCAACAGUGAUUUGGGCAUGUCACUCGCCAACGAACUUAGCCACAUCGCUCUUUCGCGCAAGAACACAAUUUCUUCAAAGGCCAAAGGUGUCACCCUGGGUCCUUCCCAGACGCCUGAUUUGAUCCAGCGGCUUCGUUCUGUUCGCCGAAAGUUGGCAGUAGACGGCCUUGACAACUUGCAGGAUGCUGAUGAUGUGGACGAGGCUUUGCCUGCAAGCAUGCUCAAAUUGAUCAACUUCUCCCCGAACUCUCAAUGGCUUCCUAGUGACGACGAAGAAGAGGAUGACGAGGAGGAUGAAAAAGAUGUAUCACCAUGGGUCGCUUCCAGGGAAUCAACCGUUGAACCUAAUACACCUGUUGAAACCCACCAGGGCGAAGUCACAACUGAACCCUUGGAGACAGACGAGGAGAUGUUUAUCCCAGAGUUGAAAGAAGAGCCUGUUGUUCCUCAGCUGAAACGCAAAGAUCCCAUCAUCAGCUCCGAACGACCAGUGGUUGAAAGUACCGAAGAAGCCGAACCUGUGACCACCCCGAAUCUGUCAGAGGCGGAUCCUGUCGAUUGCAAUGACCGAGGCCGGCUUUUCUUGCAAAUCAAUAAACUCAAUAAUUUGAGGGAUUUGCCGUUUGACGGCGGCCGCAACCCAAGGUUUACUUUGACCUUGGAUAACGGUAUGCAAACAGUAACAACACCGCCUGUCCCCCUCACUGCCCCCGGGUUUAGCGGAAGCAUUUCUGCGAAAAUCGGCCAAGAGUUCGAACUACUUGUUGGAAUGGACCUUGAGUUGGUGGUUACUAUGUCGGUGUUCAUGGACGCUUUAGAGGCACCGCUCCGACCCCGGCGCGAGCUUAAACCUGAACCACAGAAGGUUGAGACUCCACCUCCGAGCCCAAAGAAAAGUAGCGGCUUAAGGGGGCUCUUGUCACCCAAGAAGAAUAAGCGAUUGUCCGUGGAUAAGCUUCCACCGGUGAUUGAUCAACAGUCCUACUUGAAGGAUGAGCGAGAACACGAUAUAGCUAUGGAAUCGUACAAACGCCGAAGCAACUUAUGGAAAGGCGUCACUGGUCCCAAAGGCGAGGUUGCUCGCGGCUAUCUUUUUGAAUCUCACUACGAGGCUGAUAUUUAUGGACGUCCUCAAAGCUACUCGUUACCUCUAUACAACGAAUGGCAAGGAGAAGACCCCAAGCAGAUGUGCGACCUGCAAGUCACACUCAUGUACGUGCCUAAAUUAUUCAACAGCGAGACUCUCCCGAGCAGCAUGCAGGCGUGUGUAAAGGAGCUGGAAACCGCGCGACACAACCGAAGUCUCAAGUUUGAGGGCUACCUCACGCAAAAUGGAGGCGACUGCACACUUUGGCGUCGCAGGUGGUUUACAUUGCGCCGAAACGAGCUUGUUGGGCACCACGAAGAUACAAAGAAAGUCCGUUCGUUUAUCCGCAUGGAGAAUGCACGCUCAAUUCUAGACGCGGCCGAGGUGCCGCCAAGUGACGACCUGUGGUGUAUUUACGAGGACCGUACCUUUUUUGUCACAUUCAAGGAUGGCGAAGAGCUCAGCUUCUAUGCAGACACUGCAGAGCUCAAAGACGAGUGGUUGCAUGCCCUGCGUAUGGCGGCAACAUACUGCACUACCCAACAUAAAACCUGGAAGGACCUUGUUUUGGACGAAGAGGAAAAAAGGAUCGUGUGA